UGUCUUACCUUUUAAAAGUUCGUCACAGCGGUCUCUUCUGCUGCAUCUCUACGGCGCUGAUAGUAUUAGCGCUAACUUCCGGGAACUAUUGAGCGGCUCCACGAUCCGCCAUUGCUGUAAAAAACUGGUCCAUUGGAGUGAACGGAGUUGUCGCAACUCUCUCUCUCUACGGCUCUGGCCAGACCCAUCUCAUCUAAUCGGAAGUUGGGAACUCUCUCCAGUCUCUUCCUGUACACGUCGCUCUACGACCAAUGUGACGUAUGCGUUAGCCGGGCAGCCACAGGAAUAUAGCACUCAAUUGAACCAUGGAGACUCUCUUUAGCCUACCGUUUACUGUACUGGAAUGUCCGAACAUCAAACUUAAAAAACCGUCAUGGCUACAUAUGCCUUCUGCAAUGACCGUAUAUGCCGUCGUGAUUGUUUCAUAUUUUCUCAUUACCGGUGGCAUCAUAUAUGAUGUGAUCGUUGAACCUCCAAGUGUCGGAUCAAUGACAGAUGAACACGGGCAUCAGAGGCCAGUGGCCUUUCUGGCGUACAGGGUGAAUGGGCAGUACAUCAUGGAGGGGUUGGCCUCCAGUUUUCUCUUCACCAUGGGAGGUCUUGGAUUCAUAAUUCUGGAUCGCUCUAAUGCACCAAACAUUCCCAAGCUCAACCGUUUCCUCCUGCUCUUCAUCGGCUUUGUCAGUGUGCUGCUGAGCUUUUUUAUGGCCAGAGUCUUCAUGAGAAUGAAACUACCUGGUUAUCUUAUGGGUUAAAGCUGCAACAUUGCACAUGCUACAGGCAGAGAUACAGAGAACAUACAGAAAACUAUGUUUCAGUGCCAAGGACUACAGUCUCAUUCCAAUUCUGACCAGUUAUUUCCACUGGCGUGACUCUUUGAUGUGCAGUUUUUUUUCUAUAAUAAACAAAUACUAU